AUGAUUCCCCUCACAGCACUCCUCAAUGAGUGCCUGAAACGAGGAAUUGUACCAGAUCAGUGGAAAUAUUCGAAAGUGAUAAUACUGUACAUGGGAAAAGGUAACACGGCUGACCCAAACGCGUACAGGGGCACUGCUCUAGAGAACACUCUAUUCAAGAUCUUUACAACACUACUGUGCAAGCGUCUUAGAGAUAUCCUCGAUGAGAAACUCCCCGAUUCACAGUUUGGUUUCAGAUGUGGGAGAUCAGUGGCACAAGCUGUACAGUCUCCAAACCGAUACAAAAAUGGUCGUAGCGAACCGAAGGGGAAAGCUUCAUGCAAUUUUCGUAGACUUUACCAAGGCACUGUUGAAACCAUAACUGGAACGAUGAGACACUUUCCAUGUAUGGAAGCUCAUGGCUAA